CCCUCCUAACCCUGCCCCCACCCCCAUCCCUCUCCCCAUCUUAUUCCCUGCAUGUUUCUUCCCCAAUGUGUCUGUUACCCCAUGUGUGAAACUAUGACCUUGACUAUGACUACCACAGCACUGAGAGAUGCUCACAGUUGCUCUACACACAGUGCUUAUCUAUGCUAAUGUCUAACCAGACAGAGAGAAAGAGAAGAAUUGAGGGUUGAUGAAUAGCAAUGAGCAGCCUGUCCUGGCUACAAUACAAUGAAUACUUGAGUGUGCAUGUAAAUGUGUUUUCAUGCGUGUGGAGGAUGUUUGCCAGGGGAUUGUUGGAGCUUAGACCAGCUCCUCAUGCUGGUCGUGUACCUCUGUGUAACACUGGCUGUCUGACAGCGAGCAUGGCUUCAGAGAAGGAAGUCUCAUGUUGUCCUUCAUAAUGAGACCAUCAAAGGAGAGACCAGCAAGGAGGGAGGAGGGUUCAGAGCCUGACAUGAAAAUGCAUUAGCUCACAUGAGCUGAAGAGGGGGGAGAUGAUUUUAUAGAGACCUGUAGGAUGAUCCUUUAGAAGGGGAAUGGAGGAGAGGAGAGAGAUAGAUGCAUUAGCAAGCAGGGGAGAUCAGUAUCUGUCUGCCAUCAGGAGGGAGGGCUAGGAGGAGAGCCUGCUGUGGAUUGGCCGGGCUCACACAGCGGUGGAACAUCAAAGCCCGGGGCAUUAUCUGUUUCUAUCCCCCAGAGUGACCGAGAGACUGCUUUGAAGUGCAGGAGUAGAAAGCUGUCUAGGAGGAUGGAGAGACAGAGGAGGGGGGGAGGGAAAGGAGGAGAGAUAGGAGGAGGAAGAGAAAGGUCCACUCCAUGACUUAAUGAGGGAAGAGUGUAAGGAGAUGGUGAAAGGGUAUAAUGGGUGGAACAAUCGUAAAAAAUGAAGAGUUCAUCUUUUGGAUAAUUAUCUGUUCCUCUGAGGAGAAUUGAGUAGAGCUCAACUGAACAUACGUGUCCAUUAUCCUUAAAUAACUGACAUUUUGCUUUGUGGACCUUGAGAGAAGAAAGGAGCAACAGGCACCUGCUAAGCAUCCAGAGCAAGAUCCUGCCAAUGUUUAACAUUGUCCUUAUGGAAGAAGCUUUAGUUUCACUCUUUUUGAUAAUGACGUUCUGCUAGCUACGGUGCAGGAUGAUCCUCUCCAAGCCUAUAUUACAUAAUCAUACACCGUGUAGAUGUUGUACUGGAAAGGUAUUCUUGCAGAACCUGAGCCCAUCUCAUAUCUGACAUGACCGGCAUGACUGUGGCAGACUCUGAUCCCAGGACCGACUGCUCAGUCUGCCCUGAUUGGACGACAGUGAUAGGGCUGGGCGUGUGUUAUCCCCGGACUGUCAAACAGGAAGUGACUGAUUUAGCAGCCAAUAGCGCACAGCCAAAAGGGUCUCCUUUAUUAAGCCCGGGAGGCGUUUUAUGACACACACUCGCUCGCAUUCUCUCUGCUUUCUUUCUUUUUUCCCCUCAGUUUCUUUUCACUCCCGUUGAACGUGCUGUCUUAGCGCAGUGGCACAGACGCUGCAGUCUACUGCAUUGCAGAUAGAUAUUCGACACACGUUCACACACUCCCAGUUCAAAAGUUAAAGAGAGAGUUCAUGUUCCUUCUUCCUAACCCAGAGUCCUGGAUGUGUCUCCCUAGGCUGUGCUGCAGCCCGUCCCCUGUUCAAUGCCCACCCCAUUCUGAUCAGGGCCAAACCCCCAACAUUCCCAGCUGCUGAAGUCUCUCCAUUUUGGGAAACUAGCGUGGCUUAUUGUUGGUGCCAUGACUGUGGUGACUCAGUCUGUACACUCUCUCUGUCACACACACACACACACACACAGACUGAUUGCUGAGACAUUAUCUCCUGCACGCACACGAAUUGCUGUGGUUUGAGCCCAGCGAGUCGAACAGUUGGUCGGCACCGAGACAGAGCUUGAUCCUGAGGGGCCCUUCUACUGGAAUAUUCUACUGUGGGGCCAAGGCUAUGCUUCUGGGUGUGUGUAGUCAUACUAGUGUUGGCUGAUCAGAGACAGAUGGAACAAUGCUGGAAUCAACCCUACCUUUCCUUGCUCUGUGAUGCCUCUUGGGACGUCUGGACCUGAGAGAAGUGCAGCCACCAGCUCAGCUCACUUGGAGGACCUGGCGUACCUGGAUGAGCAGAGACACGCUCCGCUGCGCACGUCGCUGCGCAUGCCCAGACAGAACACGGUGGCCGGCCGCCCCGGCCAGGACCCGAGAGUGCGCCUGGCGCCGUACAGGCCUGCGGACAUCUCUCUGAAGCCUCUGCUCUUUGAGGUGCCCAGCAUCACCAUGGACUCGGUCUUCACCGGCAGGGAGUGGCUCUUCCAGGAGAUCGAUGCCCAGCUCAACAACCCCGACUCCAGCAACAACCGCGGCGUGGUGGUGGUGGGCAACAUCGGCUUCGGCAAGACGGCCAUCAUCUCCCGCCUCGUGGCGCUCAGCUGCCACGGCACCCGCAUGAGGCAGAUCGCCUCGGACAGCCCGCAGGCCUCACCUAAACGUAGGCACCCAGCCUCGCCUCUCCCCCUCUUGACAGGGACCCCGAUUAGUUGUCCCACCUGUGAGCCCGUGUGUCUCUGUCCCCCGUCAGAUGGAGAGGGUCUUCCCCUCAGCCACGGCACCCUGGGGGGGGGCAGCUGUCCCGGGACCCCGGAGAUGAGGCGACGCCAGGAGGAGGCCAUGAGACGCCUGGCCUCUCAGGUGGUGGCCUACCACUACUGCCAGGCGGACAACGCCUACACCUGCCUGGUGCCGGAGUUUGUCCACAACGUGGCGGCCCUGCUGUGCCGGGCUCCCCAGCUCCUGGCCUACAGAGAGCUGCUCCUGAGGGAGCCCCACCUACAGAGCAUGCUCAGUCUGCGCUCCUGCGUCCAGGACCCCCUGGCGUCACUGAGGAGGGCGGUCCUGGAGCCCCUGGAUGCUCUUUAUAAAGAGAGGAAGAUCACCUCUGAAGAAGACCUGGUCAUCCUCAUUGAUGGACUUAAUGAGGCAGAGUUCCACAAGCCUGACUACGGAGACACCAUUGUGUCUUUCCUGAGUAAAACAGUAAACAAGUUUCCUCCCUGGCUCAAGCUUGUUGUGACAGUGAGGACCACGCUGCAGGAGAUCACCAAGCUGCUGCCUUUCCACCGGAUUUCCCUGGACGGGCUGGAGGAAAAUGACCCCAUCGACCAGGACCUGCAGGGGUACAUCCUGCACCGGAUCCACAGCAGCCCUGAGAUCCAGAACAACAUCUCCCUCAACGGCAAGAUGGACAACACCACGUUCGGAAAGCUCAGCUCCCACCUCAAGGCCCUGAGCCAGGGGUCCUACCUUUACCUGAAGCUCACCUUUGACCUCAUCGAGAAGGGCUACCUGGUCCUCAAAAGCUCCAGCUACAAGGUGGUGCCCGUGAACCUGGCGGAGGUCUACCUGCUGCAGUGCAACAUGCGCUUCCCCACGCAGUCGUCCUUCGAGCGGGCGCUGCCCCUGCUCAACGUGGCCGUGGCGUCCCUCCACCCGCUGAACGACGAGCAGAUCUACCAGGCCAUCAACGCCGGCUGGCUGGAGGGCACGCUGGACUGGGAGGACUUCCAUCAGCGCGUGGACAACCUGUCCGUGUUCCUGGUGAAGAGGAGAGACGGGACGCGCAUGUUCGUGCACCCCUCCUUCCGGGAGUGGCUGAUAUGGAGGGAGGAAGGAGAGAAGACCAAGUUCCUCUGCGACCCCAGGAGUGGGCACACCCUCCUGGCCUUCUGGUUCUGUCGCCAGCAGAACAAGCUGAACCGACAGCAGACCAUCGAGCUUGGCCACCACAUCCUUAAAGCACACAUCUUCAAGGGCCUGAGCAAGAGGGUUGGGGUCUCCUCAUCGAUCUUGCAAGGGCUCUGGGUGUCCUACAGCUCCGAGGGCCUGUCCACCGCGCUGUCGUCACUUCGAAACCUCUACACGCCCAACAUCAAGGUGAGCCGGCUGUUGAUGCUGGGCGGGGCCAACAUGAACUACCGUACGGAGGUCCUGGCCAACGCCCCGGUGCUGUGUGUGCAUGCCCACCUGGGCUACAUGGACAUGGUGGGGCUGCUGCUGGAGUACGGAGCCUGGGUGGAUGCCCCCUCAGAGAGAGGCCUCACCCCCCUGGGCUACGCAGCCUCCGCCGGACACAUGGCUAUCGUCACCACUCUGUGUCGCAAGAAAGCCAAGGUGGACCACCUGGAUAAGAACGGCCAGUGUGCCUUGGUGCAUGCAGCCCUCAGAGGACACCUGGAAGUGGUCAAGUACCUCAUCCAGUGUGACUGGGGCCUGGGAGGACAACAACAACUACAACAACAGCAGCAGCCAGCUGCCUUCAGUAAGAGCCAUGCAGUCCAGCAGGCUCUCGUUGCUGCGGCCAGCAUGGGCUAUACAGAGAUUGUGACCUAUCUGCUGGACCUGCCAGAGAAGGACGAGGAGGAGGUAGAGCGCGCUCAGAUCAACAACUUUGACACACUGUGGGGAGAGACAGCUCUGACGGCGGCGGCGGGACGGGGCCAGAUGGACGUGUGUCGUCUGCUCCUGGAGCAAGGGGCCGCCGCGGGGCAGCCUAACAGGCGAGGCAUCGUCCCCCUCUUCAGCGCCGUGCGGCAAGGCCACUGGCAGGUAGUGGACCUGCUCCUGACCCACGGGGCUGACAUGAACCUGGCGGACAAGCAGGGGCGCACCCCCCUGAUGAUGGCUGCCUCCGAGGGCCACCUGGACACGGUGGAGUUCUUACUGGUUCAGGGUGCCUCCCUGGCCAUGACGGACAAGGAGGGUCUGACUGCUCUGAGCUGGGCGUGUCUCAAGGGCCACCUGCCCGUGGUGCACUAUCUGGUGGAGCAGGGCGCGGCCACAGACCACGCUGACAAAAAUGGACGCACUCCCCUGGAUCUGGCGGCCUUUUAUGGAGACUCUGAGGUGGUGCAGUUCCUGGUGGAUCACGGGGCCAUGAUAGAACAGGUGGACUACAGUGGCAUGCGUCCUCUUGACCGGGCAGUGGGCUGCAGAAACACAUCCGUGGUUGUCACCUUGCUCAAGAAAGGAGCCAAGAUAGGUCCAGCCACAUGGGCAAUGGCCACCUCCAAACCUGACAUCAUGAUCAUCCUACUUAGCAAACUGAUUGAGGAAGGAGACAGUUUCUACAAGAAGGGGAAGGUGAAGGAGGCUGCACAGCGUUACCAGUGCGCCCUCAAAAAGUUCCCACGUGAAGGUUUCAGUGAGGACCUGAAAGCUUUCGGGGAGCUCAAAGUUUCUAUUUUCCUUAACCUGUCCAGAUGUCGGCGGAAAAUAUACGACUUUGGGAUGGCUGAAGAAUUUGCUACCAAGGCGUUGGAAUUGAAACCAAACUCCUACGAAGCUUACUAUGCCAGGGCUCGUGCCAAGCGUAGCAGCAGGCAGUUCCCCGAAGCCUUAGAGGACCUGAAUGAAGCCAUGAAGCACUGCCCCAACAACCGUGAGAUCCAGCGGCUGCUGCUACGGGUGGAGGAAGAGUGCCACCAGCUCAGUCUGGAGGAGCAGCAGGAGCUGGAGCCCCUCCCCUCACCGCCCCCGACUCCGCCCCCAGAGGAGGAGCUGAUCCUGGACAUGCCCCUCCCCCCUCCCCCAGAGCCAAGGCUGGAGGACAUGGAGUCCGUCCAGGAGCUGUUUGAGGAUGAGGACUACCUGGAGCAGGAGCUGGAGGCCUUGUCCAAUCCCUCCAGUCUGCCCAUCAUCCAGAGCCCCCCGCUCUCUCCCACCCACCAUGACCAGGUCUACCUUUCAGGGGGCUCCCCCCUGGGCCAGCCUUAUGACUACCAUCCCACCUCCAGCUCCAUGUCCUCGCCCACCCGUCAAACCUACCAGCCCAUUUCACCCUCCUUGUCCCCCACCCACCAGAAUUCCCACUACCGGCACAGCCCCCCACUCACCUCCCCAGUGAACCAGCCCUCCUAUCGUUUCAGCCCUCCACCAGAACAGCAGAGCCCCCCACCCUCCCCUCUGCGACGUGGGCCGCAGUACAGAGCCAGCCCCCCCGUGGACAGCGUUUGUAUGUACAGGUCUCAGUCGGGCUCUCCUGUGCGCUACCAACAGGAGCAGCUCCCCAGCCGGCCCAAAUCCCCCCUGUCUAAGAUGAGCAGUCAGAGGUCCUUCCAGCUGACCUCACAGGCCUCCCUGUCCUCCCAGCACCCCCAGGUACAGGGCCUGCGUCUGCAGCCCUCCAUGGCCCAGAUUGUUCGCACCAACCAGCCAAACAGUGGCUACGGCCAGAUGGGGCACCCCAUCAGCGGCCGCUACCAGGGGGGCUCUGUGGAUGUGGAGAGCCGGCUAGUUUACCAGCCCUCUUUGGACGGGCGUCCCAUGACCCAGGUGCAGGGCAGCCUGAGUGCUGGGGCCCUCUGUCAGCACGGGGGUCGAGGAGGGGUCAUGGAGUCAGGCCUGAUGAAGGACGAGUUACCCCAGCGCCCCUCCUCAGCCUACCGCGCCAGCAGUGGGGGCCCCGGGGGCAUCCGCUACAGCCAGACCCCCCAGAUAAGCCGUAGCCAGUCAGCCGCCUACUACCCUGUCUCAAAGCAUGAGCUGGAGUGCUCCAAUGCCCUGCCCCAGUGCCAGCUGGGCUCGCCCGAGAUCUCCCACAUGGUGAGACGCCCCAUCAGCGCCAACACUACCGAGAUCAAGCAUAACAUGUCCACUCCCAGGCCUCUCAUCCACUCCCAGAGCGUGAGCCUGCGCUUCUCCCCUUCCAGCAACAACAUCUCCACGGGUUCAACCUGCAAUCUAACCCCAGGCUUCAGGCCCUCCAACUCCAUUCAGCAGAUGGAGAUCCCAUUGCAGGCAGCAUAUGAGCGCUCCUGUGAUGACAUCUCGCCAAUCUCACCCUCACAGGGAGGUGGCGGGGGGCUUUACCAGGGCGAGACCACCCGCUCGAGGAACACGCCCUUCAUGGGUAUAAUAGACAAGACAGCACGGACUCAGCAGUACCUGCAGCAGCCGUCACGGCCCUGGGCCAUGACCUCCAUGGACUCGGCCAUCAGCCCCACGUCGCCUGGAAACCUGGUGACGCAGGGCUCCACCUACAGCCCUCCCACGUCGCUAGGCAACAUCGCCUACUACAACAAGACCAACAAUGCCCAGAAUGGACACCUGCUGGAAGAGGACUACUACUCCCCACAAUCCUCGCUGAGCAAGCUGGCGAACGGCUCUCGUGGAGGGGAUCUCCUGGAGAGGGUGAGCCAGGCACCCACCUACCCGGACGUCAAGAUGGCCAGAACUCUGCCAGUAGCACAGGCCUACCAGGACAACAUGUACCGGCAGCUGUCCCGCGACUCGAGGCAGGGCCCUCCGUCCCCCAUCAAACCAAAGAGACCGUUCGUGGAGUCGAAUGUGUGAGGGGGUGUGUGGGAUAGGGUGUGAGUGAAGGUGUGCGAGUGUGAGAGGUGUGUGCGGGGAUGGGGAGGGAGGUAGUCAUCAUUUCUGACCUUGGUAUCUGAUGGAUUCAUUCAAAACAACUCUGACUUACUGUACUAUCACAUACGGACAAACAUUGGCAGUCAGUUAGACUUACAGAUUAACUACUUACAGAGAAGCAAGAAGUGGUGACAUUUCAAACUCUGCACAUAAACGGGAGAGUUCUUGGUAAAGAGAUAUGUCUACACUAAAACAGAGCCAUGUGCACUUCCACAGGGAGCGAGUGAGGUCAUACUACUGUGUGUAGUUUGUAGGCCAGAUACUUCCUGAACCUUUGGACUCCAUGUUCUAUCCUUAGUAUACAAAGUGUGCUCUUAAUCAAGGUUGCUAGGCUCUAUGUAAUACAACAUUAAUAUAUGUUGAGUACUGUAAAUUGCUCACAGAUUUCAAGCAAACCCACAGUACUAUAUACGUAAAUAUAUAUAAACAAACAGUUUGUGUUUGAAUUGUAUUCUUGUUUCUCCCAGUCUUAAGCUAUUUUGUUUCAUACUGGGAAAGGGUAUUUUAAAGAAAACAUGGUGGAAAUGAGGGCCAUUCAUAAUCUAUGAAUUAUGAGUUUCAUUUAAUUGUAUUUGUCAUAUUUGCUUUACCAUGUUCUGUUGUGACAUGUAUUUGUUUUUGUCACAGUACAUGUACUCAUAUUCAGCUUAGGUAUUAAUACAUUAUACUUAAAUGUACUGAACACAACUCAUAAUAUACCUUUAGUAUGAUGAACAACUGUCUAACUGCCAUGGUCUGAGUCCCUUCACUUGUUUCCCAUAACCUCUAAGAAAAGCCAGAAACAAUGACACACCUUUGAAUACUUGCAAAACAGUGUGCUUGUAUAAUGUCAUUAUUUUUAAAUGCUUUCAAGCUUUGCAGUAUUCAAACUAUGGUUUUGAGAUAGUAAUGAACUGAACUGUAUCAGACACAGAAUUUUAGGCUGGUAAAUAUUUAUUGUAUUUUCUCAUCACUACAUAAAUUAAUUCAUAUAAUUUGUUGAUGGAUAAUCCAUAUUGUUUUUUGUUUGUUUUUAAUAUUCAGGUUUAAAUUACAUAGCUAGCAGUGAAGGUCACGUAAGCGCCAAAGUUAGGAGGUCCUCUUGCAUUUACCACUAUGGAGAGGUAAUGUCAGAGUACAGAUGUAUUAUUUGAAGACAAUGUGAAGUAUUUAAACUGAAUUGGGUAUCUCUCCUUUCUUUUAUAUUUUAAUUUUGUAUUAUUCAACCCUUUCUGCACUACUGCCUGUGAAGUUCUUAACUAAAGGUGCACUUUACGUAUUUAAUUAUUUUAUUGUUAUGACUGACUUUGAAUUUAGAUUACAGUAAGUGGAUGUGUGUAGGUCAGAUGGGCCUACAAUGGACAUUUGAUAAAGGAUUACUAUUGUUUGAAGGAAAAGGAAGUAGAAAUGAAUCAUAACAUAAAGAACAUUGUUUUUAAAUAUAUAGAGAUGUAUAGUAUGUACUAUAUAGCACAACUUGUAUUGGCUGUAUAUACCGUCUGAAAUAUCGCACUCAACCCAACUCCAGAUUCUCUCAAAGGCAGGUCUUUUCCAAACGUCUUUUAUGAUGUUAGACCAGCAGUCUCUUUCUCAGAACCAUUGUUCCAUCCUCAAACAUAUUCAUGCAAGAAAACAAACUGUCUAAUUUGUGCAAUUAUGUCCAAAAUAAUCUCCUACAAAGGAUCCAUUCACCACAAACAUAUUUUUAUAUUUGCCGACGGAGUGGGUUUAGAGUGCUGAACUGAGAGGCAGAGUGAGUUAGCUGUUAAAAGGGAGUUUAAUAAAAUUGUUCCCAACCCACACUGCAACUCAUGGAGUUACACAAGGCACACAGACAGACAGACAGACAUACAGACAGGCGGGAUUUACUUUGGACAUAGUAAAGCGAGGUAGGCCAUAGUGUUGCCAGUGAACUGCACUGCUCUGUCCUCAUCACAGAAAAGCCCUGUCCUGAUUGGAGAACAGAAUAGCCCUGCCCUGAUUGGAGAACAGUCUGCAGAGACCCUGUGUGACUCCCCCAGUUAUAUAUGUUAUUGAGAGGUAUCUAACAGUUAUUUAUUCAAUCAAAUGUAUGAAUUGUAAUAUUCUUUCAGAAGCAUUACCCUUGAGAACCUAGGGUAUUUGUUUGAUGUAAAUGAGUUUGCUGUAUAUAGCCUAAUGCAUGUACUAUGAUUUAAUUGAGCUCUAACAAAAACCCAUCUGGUAUGUAUAGUGUCCUGAUUCUGGUGAUACUCAGUUGGGGUAUGGGAUAACAGUAGGAAGACAGUUGUCCUGAAAUGUUCCUUAUCCAUUUCCUUCAAUCUCAUUUGACAGACGCCGACAAACUGAAGUUUUCUAUUUUUUAUUUUGUUUUAAUGUAUUUGCUUGCUAAGCAGAGUUCUCUUGUCUGUACAUGUGGGCUUUCAGAGCGCUGUGAUAAAAAGUUUAAUUGAAAACAAUAAUAAAAAGAAUGUGUUUCUAUUCCAUGA